CUGGUCCAACAAAAAAAGUUGGUACAGUAGGUUACAAAAAAAGUUGGCAUUGCCUAGUAUAGUAGGUUUCAUGAAGGACAUCGUACAGCAGAUGAGAAAAUAAUGUUAUUUUUUAUUUUAUGUAGUAUUGUAUAUAUAGUUUGAUUUUGCGUUUCUAAGGACGAUCACAUCUGCUGCCCCAUAAUGAACCUUCAUUUUUAUGUCUUCACUUCAGCAACACAAGGACUGUCCAUUACGUCUUGAGAAAUGCAGCAACGAAGCUUGCGAGAAGUUAGUAAACAUAGAAGAGCUGGAGAAACACUUAAAGGAAGAAUGCCGAUACAGGAAAAUUGAUUGUCGACAUUGUGAAAAUCGUAUAACAAUUGCGGAUCAAAAAGUAAGGCACAGUGGCCUUAAACUACGAGAGGAAUUGUUUUAUUUUGUAGAAAAUACCACUGUUUAUUUGGCGAAGCCAGUGGCGGCGCCAAGGGCGGCAUUUGCAUUUAUUUUCUGCCCCCCCCCCCUCAAAAAAAAUAUUAGUCACUGAGAGCGACUAAAGGCUACACAAGCGUUUUGUCGUUAUCGGAAAGUGUAUGGCUUAUACGUUGUCAUUACUCAUUAGUGAAUGCGCGUAUACAUGAAACUGUUUUUUACAGUUUCAAUAUUAGUUUGUAAAUCUCUGAAUGGUAAAACUUGCCAAUACUCCAAUAAUACGUUUCAAAAAAGACAAAAAAAGCUUUAGUUUUGCAGAGUUAAAUUCUCAAACGUGUAAGGCACUAAUAAGAUAAAAGUAUCACGAAAUUAUUUGAAUAAACCACAUCGCAUUUAUGAAGGGCGAAUAUCCUAAAGGGGGGCGAUAUUCCUAGGGUAUUCGCCCUCCUGGGGGCGAUAUUCCUAGGAAUAUAUUCCUAGGAAUAUCGCCCCCCUUUUCAGGGGGGAUCUCCUGGGGGGGGGGAGUCCUGUGAUAACGGCAUGGGCAAAUAGCAGUACCUUUUUAAAAAUUCUAUCUUGCCCCCCAAAAUGCGAGUUUGCCCCUCAAAUGUCCCCCCCAAAUUCUGAGGCCCGGCGCAGCCACUGGGCGAGGCUUUCGAUGAAUGGGCCUAGAUCACUGCCAUUAUUUUUUUAACAAAACAAUCAUUUGUAUCAUCAUCAAACGUGUUACUGGAGUAUAUAAUGAAAUUUGUUUGUUUUAUCUUUAAGACUCAUUAUGACGAACAUUGCCAACGAAUUCCUGUGGAAUGUCCACAGCACUGUAGGAAUAAAUUCCCGAGAGAAGAGGUGUGUAAGAGUUGCACUUAAAAUAUAGAAUGAUUAGGACAAAAUGGAAUAUUGAUACAUAGAUAAAUUAGAAUGAGUUUAAAUGAUAAAAAGUAUGAAUAUAUAGAAUUAGAAUGAGUUGUUUUCGUGUUAUAUAGAUACAACAUCACGUCGAUGAAGAAUGUGAAAAGACAUUGAUUGAUUGCACAUUCAAACCUCUGGGCUGCGUGGCCAAGGUAAGAAAGUUUUUGAUCAACCUGAAGUUAUGAGAGAAAAUAAUGUUCAUUCUUGUCAUCACGCAGUCUUAUUUGCUUGCUGCUGUCAUUUGCUUGCAGAAGUAGACCUGGAAAAAGUGUUCCUCUGAAUGGCUCGGAUCCUAAAAUAUUUUUCCUCAAAAAUGCCAGAAAAAAAAACAAUGGAAAUUUUAACACAUUAUAUAUGCAAGAACAAAGUAUAUUUGACUGUGUUAUGUUACACUUCUCAAAUGACAGAUACAUAAGUAUAUGAUGUAAUGAUUCCUUAAGAUUCUUCCUUUGAAAAUAUUCCUCCAUUUUCUUGCACAGACAAAUGUUGCUGAGGAUCCCCAGCCACUUUUUUCCAAGUCUGAGCAAUGAACAUACGUGCCAAUAGUUCUUAAGUUGACCAGCACUGCUUGUAACGCUUAGUGAAGUACAUUUCGUGUGUGUUAAGGUUGAACGUGGAAACUUGCGAGACCAUGAAGUCGACAUGGUGCAUGAAUAUCUCUCUCAAGCCGUGCAGGACAUCAACAACCUCGGACAAGAGAAACAACGAAUGAGUGAGGAAAUCAAACAGCUUCAAGACAUAAACAACAAUCUAACACAGGAACUUCGUGAUCUCAACGAACAAGAAGAAGCUCGCAUCAAUAUAAUCGACUCUGACUUGCAAGAAUUUAAAGAACAAGGCACGAUCCGAUUGGACGAUGUCCAGAGAGCGACCGAACAAAAUUUCGAGAAUGCGAGACUAACUGUUGAACAAAAUGGCGAAUUCCAGGAAACAUUGUUGUGUAUGCAACAAGAUUUAGGACAUCUGAGAUAUAUAACAAUUCCUGAAAUUCAAGCCACGUGUGUUUCGCAUCAAGCUGAGCAUAAGAAGUUAACUAAAAAUCAAGACACAUUACAAAAGAUGAUAAUAGCUGUUCAUAAUAAGUUGAAAAGCGCCAUUGAGAGUCUGCGAGACAAGAUGGAUGCUGGACUGGAUACUUUACGUAAGGCGCACGAAGAGGAGCGUGCAGCGCGGUUGGAACACGAAGCGGGGACUGCGGAGGAGAUUUCAAGACUCCACCAAGAUAUUUCUGAGAAUCGCAGGAAGUUCGAGAAGGUCGAGGUGGCUUUGACCAUCACUCAAGAAGAAAUGAAGGAGGGGUUUUCAGAACAUUGUAAACAAAUGCAGUUGGAUUACGAUAAUGUAUCUCGUAUGAUAAAAAAAGAGAGACAAUCUCGAGAGAACGACUUUGUCCAAGUCAGUGAAGACAUCUCACAAAUGAACUCUAUAAACACUGGAGUGUUUAUAUGGCGAGUCAACAAUGUUGAUGGAAAAUUGGAAUCAGUUCAAAGCAAAGCUAAACCACUAUAUGGUCAAGCAUUUUACACGGAGCCGUACGGUUACCUCCUGCAACCAAAACUCUUCUUUGACGGUGCACGGCUCACUGAUCAAGGCUAUAUAUCCCUCUUUAUCCAAAUCGUACAAGGUCCCUUUGAUGCGAUCCUGAAAUGGCCAUUUGCGAAGCGCAUCCGUUUCUCUCUAAUAGAGCAGGAGAGUAAGAGGCUCAAAAGAAAUAUUGAAAAGGUUCUCAUACCGGCCGCCGACGCCGACGAGUUACGAAGACCUUCCGACGAUGCGAAUAACGGGUUCGGGAUUUAUAAAUUCGUAUCCCAUGAGGUGUUGCGGGCUGGGAGGUACAUAGUCGAUGACGUCAUGUUUAUCAAGAUAGAAGUUCUCGAAGAAAUUGAACAGAAUGGACACUCAGAAACAAUGUAGCACCGUUGCACUAGAUUUCGUUCACACCUGCAUGAUAUAAUGAAUUACGAACCACGUUCAACUUUGUAUCAUUUUGCAUCUGAAGUUCACGCAGGAUGCGUACAAGUGGAUGAUAUUGAGCGCAGUUAACUGAUAUUAGAACUUUAGUCUAGUAUAGUUGUAGGGCCAAGAUUUAGAAUCUGAUGCGAGCAUUUGAAAUAAAAGCUAUUGUAAGAAUUUAUGGACAACAGACGUUGUAUAAAACAUUGACUGAAUGCUUAUUUAGUACAUUUUUAUAAAUAUAGCCUAUCUUGUAAUUUGUAAUUUUCCGAAAAUAAAUACUGUACCUAUACAAUAAAAAUACUAUAUUACUUAAAUUAGAUGUAUAUAUAUUAUGCGUUUAUAUUUUUUGAGUGGUUCAGACAAAGACUACGACAGAUGCAAUAUUGUAGGAUAUUACCCACACUGGAUCCGCGCGUUUGAAAUAUACCACUGGUCUAUUCAGGUUUCGUACCUGCUCUUCGGAGUGUAGGCAAUGUCGUUCAGGUAAAUAUAUCUUCAGGUGUCAUUCUCUGUACAUCCAACCUCAACAAAAGUUUCAUCAAGAAGUGCAAAACAUUGAUUACACAUGCGCACUGGAUCUGAGUAGCCAAGUUGUUCAAGU